GACCUCUCAAACUUCUUAAACUUCUUAUACCAUAUAUCAGAUAUCAAUUUUGCUUACUAUUAGCUAAAGUUUGAUACGGAAAUAACUCAAACGUACAAUCAUAGUAUCAUAAAUCACCCCAGAUUUCUGCCAAGCGAGACACGGGUCCCGCAUGUUUGCGUUGUUUUAGAGGCAACAAUCAUUAGACCAAGGUUAUAUAUCAUAACAUUUAAAUCGUCUUCUUCUCCCUUUACUACCGACUCACCUUCUUCUCUCCAAUCUUCAUUAUCUUCAUUCUUCAUUGUCUUCAUCAUCUUAUUGUCUUCAUCGUCUCCCAAAAAGACUUCAAAUUAUACCAAGCAUGUCUCAAUUAUCCAAUACCAGCUUUCCAGAGGGUACAGUUCCUCAAGCUCCAGAAGAUCCCCUCUUUGGGUUAAUGGCUGCUUAUCGUGCCGAUACUUUUGAUAAAAAGGUUGAUUUGGGUAUUGGAGCUUACAGAGAUAAUAAUGCGAAACCUUGGGUUUUACCCGUUGUCAAGAAGGCGGAUGAAAUCCUUCGUAAUGACCCCGCACUAAAUCACGAAUACCUUCCUAUCGCUGGUCUCAACACUUUCACAUCCGCAGCCGCGAAACUUAUGCUCGGAUCAGAUUCGCCAGCUCUCGCAGAAAAACGUUCUUGUUCCGUUCAAACCAUAUCAGGAACAGGUGCGGUUCAUCUCGGUGCCCUCUUCAUCAAGAAAUUUUACCCAGGUUCUCCUACGGUUUAUUUCAGCAAUCCAACAUGGGCAAAUCAUAAUCAAAUCUUUUCCAAUGUUCAUCUUCCCACCGCGACAUAUCCAUACUUUUCCAAAUCUACCAAAGGUCUCGAUUUCGAUGGAAUGAAGAAUACUAUUCAAAAUGCUCCGGAUAAGAGUAUCAUCCUCCUACACGCGUGCGCACAUAAUCCUACUGGUGUGGAUCCAACUCAAGAUCAAUGGAAAGAACUUGCCGUUCUCUUGAAACAAAAACAACAUUUCCCCUUCUUCGAUUGCGCAUACCAAGGUUUUGCAUCAGGAGACUUGGCAAAGGAUGCUUGGGCCGUUCGUUAUUUUAUUGAACAAGGCUUUGAACUUUGUAUCGCUCAAUCUUUUGCCAAAAAUCUUGGUUUAUACAGCGAACGUACGGGAUGUUUUCAUUUCGUCACAGGAGCUGGUGAAGAUGCAGAGAAGAACAUUGCCCGAAUCUCAAGUCAAUUGACUAUCCUGCAAAGAUCCGAAAUCUCAAAUCCUCCAGCUUAUGGUGCUAGAAUUGCAAGUACCAUUUUGAAUGAUGAGUCAUUAUUCAAAGAGUGGGAAGAAAAUUUGAGAGAAAUGUCUGGAAGAAUUAUUACUAUGCGCAAGGAACUUCGUUCCAAACUCGAAGAGAUGGGUACACCAGGGAAAUGGAAUCACAUCACGGAACAGAUUGGCAUGUUUUCAUUCACAGGAUUAUCGGAGAAACAAGUCAUGGAAUUGAGAGAUGAAGCUCAUGUUUAUAUGACUAAGAAUGGUAGAAUUAGUAUGGCAGGUUUGAAUACUAAUAAUAUUGAUUAUUUUGCGAGGGCAGUGGAUAAGGUUGUUCGAAAGACACAACAAGAGAGUGCGCAUCUUUAGGGGUGGGUGGAGUGAAUCUUUAGGGGUGGAGUGUGAAUCUUUAGGGAUGGGCGGAGUGAAUCUUUAGGGAUGGGCGGAAAGUGGCGGAAGAUAUGAAUGGUGGUGGUGAAUGAGGUGGGAGGGAUUUGAUUAUUUGAUGGUGCAUUGGAAUGAAGGGAGGGAAAGGAAGGAAAGGAAAGGGAAGAUGGAUGGGCGAAAGAAAAUAGGAUUUUGUCGGAAAAGGCAUUUCAUUUAGUGGGAUGGGAUUGGGAUUGAAAUGAUAAGGAUUUGGGGCAAGAUGAGAUAGGUACAAUUAGAUUUUCAUAUGAUUCAUACAUGAGGUUGAUGAGAAAAUGAGGUUGAUGAGAAGCGUAAGCUAUCUGAUCUUGGAGGAAUAUCAUAGAUCGAGACGAUGAAGGGCAGAAGAAUAGAUCUCAACUCGAUUCU